GAUGGGACUGGGACGUCGUCGUUUUAGGCAGACAGUCAAUCAACGCAUGGGAUUGAACGAUUUGGAAGCAGACUGAGCCUGCCCCGUAUUGGAACACACAAGUGAAAAUAGAAAACUUCUUUCUUCUUCUUUAGACUACUUUGUUGGCAUUCUACUCUGUUCUGGGCUUUGUUGCGAUUGCGGAGUGCGGACCGUAGGAAAAUGGCGCCAAGGGCUUCCCAUGCUAAGGCAAAACCCUUGACCGACCCACACGGAAUGUUCACCGGAAUGGUGGUUCUCUUGGUGGCGAAUGGAGUUCAGUCCCGCCGGCUUGAGAUUUGGAAGCAGAAGCUGGUGCAGUUGGGGGCUACGGUCGAGGACUACUUGUCCAAGAAGGUCAAUUACAUUUUUGCUAUGAACCCAGAGGCCCUUCUCAAGCAAUUGGACAAACAACGCCUUGAAAGCUUCAAAGGAAGAGUUCUCCUUUAUCAGUGGGUGGAGGAGAGCCUGCGAUUAGGGGAAAAAGUUUCAGAGGAUUCAUAUCGCAUAGACAUCAAUUCAGAAGGAGGGGAUACUAGAAAUAAGUCCCAAAGUGCUAAGGAUAGUGAAGAACCUUCUCCUCUGAAGAAGGUGAGACAUAUUCCCGAGGAUGUGGAAGGUUUCAAAGCAGAUAGCAAGGGUGAUUCAGCUGAUAGUCCCAGAAACUCUGACAGCUUAGACUAUUCUCUUAGCCCCGGAAGGACUAGCCCGAAACCUUAUAGUAGUCCGAAUACGGAUUUGUCGUUGGAGUAUAAUCCACCUGAUUUAAACAGAAACAUCACCGAGAUAUUUGGAAAACUUAUCAACGUCUACCGGGCGUUGGGUGAUGAUCGGAGGUCUUUUAGCUAUUACAAAGCAAUUCCAGUUAUUGAGAAGUUGCCGUUCAAAAUUGAGAGUGCAGAACAGGUGAAAGGUCUACCCGGGAUUGGAAAGUCAUUGCAGGACCAUAUUCAGGAAAUAGUAACUACUGGAAAAUUGUCCAAGUUGGAGCACUUUGAAACAGAUGAGAAGGUACGUGCCAUUACUUUAUUUGGAGAAAUUUGGGGUGUCGGUCCAGCUACUGCCCUGAAGUUGUAUGAGAAAGGAUAUCGCACAUUAGAUGAUCUAAAGAACGAGGAUUCAUUAACUAAUUCACAGAAGAUUGGGUUGAAGUACUUUGAGGACAUCAGGACAAGAAUUCCACGCAAUGAGGUUCAAGAAAUGGAAGGGCUACUGCAGAAAACUGGAGAAGAGAUUUUACCAGGGGUACUUAUUCUAUGUGGAGGAUCUUAUAGACGUGGGAAAGCAUCUUGUGGGGACAUGGAUAUUGUAGUUACUCACCCAGAUGGGAAAAGCCAUAAAGGAUUUUUGUCACAGUUUGUGAAACGCUUGAAGGAUAUGAAGUUCUUGAGAGAAGAUCUAGUUUUCACCACUCACAGUGAACAGGGUACUGAUUCUGGUGUUGACACAUAUUUUGGUCUUUGUACGUAUCCAGGACAAGAACUGCGACACCGGAUAGAUUUCAAGGUAUAUCCAAGAGAUAUAUAUGCUUUUGGUCUCAUAGCUUGGACUGGGAAUGAUGUACUGAACAGAAGGUUGAGGCUCCUAGCAGAGUCCAAAGGUUUCCGGCUUGAUGAUACUGGUCUAUUCCCAGCUACUCACUCCUCGGGUGGGAAACGGGGUACGAGGGCAACAGCAAGCUUGAAACUUCGGACGGAGAAGGAAGUGUUUGAUUUCUUGGGUUUCCCAUGGCUUGAACCCCAUGAAAGGAACUUGUGAGAUAUGUGUGUGUAGGUAUGUUUUGCUUUCACAUCGGUUUAUAUAUGCACAAGCAUCCAAGACCAUGAGCCGCGGAAUUGGUGCUACUAGCAGCCUAACCGCCCUUGGCCGUUUAGUUGUGCUAUGGAGAAAAUGAAGCUGUAGCAGGUGGAGAAGAUGGGUUCUGAAAGCUUCAACGCUUGUAUUUUGGGAAUUGCUUCCGCAUCAUACUUCUCCAGUACAACAUUUUUGCCUACCUAUUGUAUAUAUCCAGUUGGAGAGUCAUGAAUAUGCAUCGCAACCUGGGAUUUUGUGUACACAGGUGGAAAUUUUGGUUUGAUAAGUUAAGUUUGAUCUAUUAGAUAAUAAUCUCCUGGCUCCUGCGGUACAUGAUAUGUACAAUUAGCACCUUUAGGAGUUUUGAUUAGGGUUAAAGGUAUUGCAUAAGAUUAGGGGUAACAAUUAAACCCAUAUCCAAAAUCAGUCCAACUCAAUAAAGAAAGUGAAAACUUUGUUUUUAAUGGUUUUUGGUUGAGCGUGGGUAAUUUGAAUUCAAGGGUUAGGUUGAUUGUGGGUUCGGCCAAAACUUCACUCCACCGCUCUCUUGCACUUGAAAAGAAAAACUAUGUGUUUUGCAUCUAACUUGAAUAAUGUAUGGAUGUUAUUAGUUUUUUCUUUAUCAUGUUGUUCUAAACAAUAUACUUAUUUAUUGAUUUUAUUAGUUUUUAUAGCAAUAUAAUUGUUUGGGAAAAACCGAUACUAUAAAGAUUUGGAUGUUCGGAAGAAUUAUUGCUAUAAUUGUUUAUAUAGCAAUAUACUUAUUAACCACUAAUCAAUAGCAAUCUCUACAUGUGAUAUUUUUCUUUUGUUAUUUUGAAAUUUUGAAUGAUGUCAUUUUUAAUAAUAAACAAAUAAUCACAAAUAUAGUUCAAAAUAAUUUGUCUAUAUUUCUAUAUUCUUAAAAUAAAAUAAUAAUUAUAAGAAAUAAUAUCAAUACAAAAUUUAUCGUGAACUCAUAAUUUAAAUCCAAAUUUCAACACAAAAAAAAAAUCAAACUUCUUCAUCCAAUUGGCAAAUACGGACUAGCAACAGGUCAAACACAAGCACCAAAAGGUUAUCAUCAUUUACAACACAUCAAAGAAGCAACGAUCACUAGGGUGUGAGGUUCGCUCUAUCGACUGCAAAUAGGAGUGAAAGAGGGGUGAGUUUUGACUUCUGAUUCUUAAACACAUUUAAGACUCUUGGUGAAGGGUUUUUUGCAAUAUGUGAGAAUUGGGAUGUCUAGAAUUGCGACUUUGAUUGUUUUUCAAUUUUGAAGCUUUUCACCUACACCAAAGUACAAAACUAUAUAGUUAUACUAGUAGACGGUUAUUGGUUAACCACUAAUUGAUUAGUCAGUUAGCAGUUAACCACUAAACAAAAUACAAUUAACUAAAACAGAACCAAUAAAAAAUUAUUGAUUAUUGAUUAAUAAUUAACCUUCUUUAUCGAUUUGGUUACCUAUUUUGACCAAUAACCGACAGACUUUUAUUUUAUUUUCUUACCCAUAAACCUCAGCCCCACGUGCCACUUUGUGAUAACGGGGCCUAAUAAAUUUAGGAGCCAACUGCAAUCAAUUCGAGCCCUCAUACCUCUGGAAACACUAACAAGCCUCGCUUGGAUCAAAACUGAGAUCUGCAACUCCUAAUUCCUUACUAUCGUGGCAACUUAUCGUUAGACUGUCUUAAUUUUGGUACUGACAAUUUUUUUUUUUUUGGUACAUACAUCCGUUUAGUUGGAUUUGGAAAAAUCCUACGGGUAAAUGUCACAUUUGGUCGCUGAGAUUACUAAAUUGUGUCAUGUUUAGUCACUAGAAAAAUUUAAUAUCAAUUUUGGUCACUCAAAUUACUGAAAGAGGUUACAUUUAGUCACUCUCCUGUUCGCCUCCGUCCAACUCCGGUCACUCGAAUUACUGAAACAUGUCACAUUUAGUCACUCAAAUUACUGAAACAUGUCACGUUUAGUCACUCUCCCGUUAGUGUUACUAGAAAAAUUGUAUAUCAAUUUUGGUCGCUCGAAUUACUGAAACAGGUCACAUUUAGUCACUCUCCCGUUAGUUUCCGUCCAACUAAUGGAGUUGGACCGUCGACAUAGGAGUCAUCAGGGCAGGGACGGAGUCAGGAUUUUUCGGUAGGUGGGGCCAACAAAUUUUUUUUGCCACAAACUAAUAAAAUAAUAUCACUUUUGAAUUAUACUAAAAAAAAAUUAUAUAAAAAAUAAUAAAAUUAUGUGCAACCUAAACAUCAUGAUAUAUCUCAUGGAAAGUAUUUUAUCAUGCAACAUACUAUUUUUACGGUAUAUAAUUGAAACUUAGAUAUAUUAUAACAGUUAGAACAAAACAAAAACACGAUAAAAUUUCACUUAGGAAUUACAUAAAUUCACCUCAAAAUGUGGAAUAAAGUGAAAAUAUAAUGAAAAUUUUCAAAGAAACUUGCCUUGAAUUUUUCAAAGGAAUAGAAUGAAAUUUGCCUUGAAUU